AUGACAAUCAAUUGGACACCACAAGAAUGGCAAGCCGGUCGACGUUUGGUGCAAUUCACACGGAACACAGAUGGCAAAACAACUGACGCUGGUCACCAUCAUCCUCACCAUCAUCAUCAUCCAACACAAUCACGACCUUCCAAAACCUCAUCAUCACUUGUUGUAUCCUGUAUCUACUGGCGCGAACGAAACGAUUACUAUAUCACAUCUGUUGAUUGUAUCUAUCUGUUGGAAGGAUUGAUAGGCGUUCAAUUUACGGUUGAGGAAAAGAAUCGUAUUCGUCGUAAUCUCGAAGGAUUCAGACCGCUCACAGUAAGCAAAUGUAAGCCGGAUUGUGCAGAUUUUUUCAAGUUGAUCAUGGGAUUCCCUAACCCAAAGCCAAGAAAUAUCGAAAAAGACGUCAAGGUGUUUGCUUGGAAGACGCUACCACAUGCACUGCGAAAGAUCAUUCGAAAGUAUACGCCGAGUUAUAGUAGUACGAUGGGUCUUGGUCAGCAACAAAGACAGCAGUCUAUGGGAACACAGCAAUCAUAUCAGCAACAACAACAACAACAACAAUAUCAGCAACAGCAACAGCGACAGCAACAGCAACAACAACAACAAUAUCAGCAGCAACAACAGCAACAGCAGCAUUUGAUGUCGUCAUCAUCGUCAGCCGCAACAGGACCGAAUGUUUCAAGUUAUCUUACUUAG